AUGGCCGAAUUGCAGGUGAUGGAACGCAGCGUGGAUCCGGCGCACUCCAACGGCAGGUUCACCAUCAGCACCCUGAUCGGCACCGACGACGGCAGGAGUCACUAUGGCCAGGCCGACCCGGCAGGGUACGACACCGCGCAAGCCAGCCACCUCACCCACAACACCACGUUCUACAUGCGGACCUUUGGCUACAACACUGUCGACGUCGUGCCGACCUAUGAAAACUACGCCAACACGAAGCUGUGCAAUGAAGCCAAGAAGGCAAGACCCACCCUAGCUGAUCUUCACUCAUUCCUCAAGCAAGAAAGCGGCCAUCAUCACUCACCGAGGUAUGAGGCCCACAGAAGCAGCAGCUUUUCGGAUGGAGGGGCUGAAGAAGAAGCUGCCGAGGGGGAAGAGAAGCCCCCAGGGGAACCGGUCCGCUUUGGAUGGGUGAAGGGCGUGAUGAUUCGUUGCAUGCUUAACAUCUGGGGUGUUAUCCUCUAUCUCCGGCUGCCUUGGAUCACCGCACAAGCUGGAAUAGCACUGACUUGGGUGAUCAUACUGAUGUCUGUUACAGUCACCACCAUCACAGGGUUGUCCAUCUCGGCCAUCUCCACCAACGGCAAAGUUAAAUCAGGUGGGACUUACUUCCUUAUAUCGAGAAGCCUCGGACCUGAGCUAGGUGGUUCCAUUGGCCUCAUCUUUGCCUUUGCCAAUGCAGUGGCUGUGGCCAUGCACACCGUGGGCUUUGCAGAAACGGUACGGGACCUCCUGCAGGAGUACAACUCUACCAUGGUCGACCCCACAAACGACAUCCGCAUCAUUGGAGUCAUCACGGUGACGGUGCUACUCGGCGUUUCCUUGGCUGGAAUGGAGUGGGAAGCCAAGGCACAGGUUCUUUUCUUCAUAGUCAUCAUGAUCUCUUUUGUAAACUACAUUGUGGGGACAAUAAUUCCCGCUAGUGAGGAGAAGCAAGCAAAAGGGUUUUUCAGUUACAGAGCGGAGAUUUUUGUUCAGAAUUUUGUCCCAAACUGGCGUGGGCCCGAUGGCAGCUUCUUUGGGUUGUUUUCCAUCUUUUUCCCAUCCGCUACUGGCAUCUUAGCAGGAGCCAACAUUUCAGGUGAUUUAAAGGAUCCUGCAGUGGCCAUUCCAAAAGGCACCCUCAUGGCUAUUUUCUGGACAACCAUAUCGUAUCUUGUUCUUUCUGCUACAAUUGGUGCGUGCAUGGUCCGGGAUGCAUCUGGCAACGUGAACGAUACCAUUCCCGUUGGUUCAAUGGGCUGUGAAGGACUCGCCUGCAACUACGGCUGGAACUUCACUGCAUGUGCUCAGAGCCACAGCUGCCACUACGGACUCAUCAACUAUUACCAGAGCAUGAGCAUGGUGUCCGGCUUUGCGCCACUCAUCACGGCAGGCAUCUUUGGGGCCACCCUCUCCUCGGCCUUGGCCUGCCUCGUCUCAGCACCCAAAGUCUUUCAGUGCCUUUGUAAGGACCAACUCUACCCCGCCAUUGGCUUUUUUGGAAAGGGUUAUGGGAAAAACAACGAACCUAUCAGGGGUUACAUGCUGACGUACAUUAUUGCAAUUGGCUUCAUUCUUAUAGCGGAACUGAACGCCAUUGCUCCCAUCAUCUCCAACUUCUUCCUGUGCUCCUAUGCGCUCAUCAACUUCAGUUGUUUCCACGCCUCCAUUACCAACUCGCCAGGUUGGAGGCCCUCGUUCCGGUAUUACAGCAAGUGGGCGGCUCUGUUUGGUGCCAUUGUGUCUGUCAUCAUCAUGUUUCUGCUGACCUGGUGGGCUGCCCUCAUCGCUUUCGGAAUUGUGGUUUUCUUGCUGGGAUAUGUCCUCUACAAGAAGCCUGGGAUUAACUGGGGAUCGUCGGUGCAAGCUAGUUCCUACAACAUGGCCCUGAACUAUUCUGUGGGGCUCAACGAGGUGGAUGAUCACAUUAAAAAUUACAGGCCUCAAUGCCUGGUCCUGACUGGCCCUCCCAACUUCCGCCCAGCACUGGUGGAUUUCGUGGGCACCUUCACCAAAAACCUGAGCCUGAUGAUUUGUGGGAAUGUGUUGGUUGGGCCGUGCAAACAGGUGAGGCCUGAGCUCAGGCUGGCUUCUAGAGGCCAUGUCAAGUGGCUGACCACGCGAAAGAUCAAGGCUUUCUAUACCGACGUCUUCGCUGAGGACUUGAGAAGCGGCGUGCAGAUCCUGAUGCAGGCCUCAGGUCUUGGGAGAAUGAAACCCAACGUCCUGGUGAUUGGAUACAAGAAGAAUUGGCAGGCAGCCCAUCCUCAGACAGUAGAAGAAUACAUUGGGAUCCUGCACGACGCUUUUGACUUCAAGUAUGGAGUGUGCAUGAUGCGCAUGAAGGAGGGGAUAAACAUUUCCCGGCUAAUGCAGGCUCACAUUAAUCCAGUUUUUGACCCAGCAGAAGACCCCCAGAAGAAUGGCGACGCACCUGCCGUGAUGGGCACAUUGGAUCCUGAUGCUUUGGUAGCAGAACAACAGGCGAACACCAUCUUCCAGAUGGAGCAGGGCAAGAAAACCAUUGACAUCUACUGGCUCUUUGAUGACGGAGGUCUGACGCUCCUCAUACCAUACCUCCUCGGCCGCAAGAAGAGGUGGGGGAAAUGCAAGAUCCGGGUGUUUGUUGGUGGGCAGAUCAACAGGAUGGAUGACGAGCGGAAGGCGAUCAUCUCCUUGUUAAGCAAGUUCCGACUUGGUUUCCACGAGGUUCACGUCCUUCCAGACAUUAACCAGAAACCUCGACCUGAACACGUGAAGAGAUUCGAUGACCUGAUCGCCCCUUUCAGGCUUAACGACGGCUUCAAAGAUGAGGCGGUGGUGAACGAGAUGAGGCAUGGCUGCCCAUGGAAGAUUUCCGAUGAGGAAGUGGCGAAAAACAAAGCUAAGUCACUUCGACAAGUGAGGAUGAAUGAAAUCUUGCUGGAUUACUCGCGGGAUGCAGCCCUCAUCUUCAUAACCCUACCAAUAGGCAGAAAGGGGAGAUGCCCCAGCAGCCUCUAUAUGGCCUGGUUGGAAACCCUCUCGCAAGAUCUGAGACCUCCCGUCAUCCUGGCCAGAGGCAACCAGGAAAACGUCUUGACAUUUUAUUGCCAGUAAUUCUUGGAUGAUUGGACUACUGGGGCAAGG